AUGCAUUUUUUGAAAAAUAAGCUCAAAACAUGGAACAAAUUAUCUUUUAAAAACAUCUUUGUGGAGAAAACCAGGAUUGAGGAAGAAUUGGAGGACAUUAGUAAUCAUGUGAUGGCAAUGGGCAUGACAAAUAAAGAGUUCAAAGCUGAAGAGCUAUUAAAAGAUCAGUACUCAGAAAUUCUUAAAAGGGAUGAGCUGUAUUGGAAAGAAAAAUCUAGGGAAUUAUGGAUUGCAGAUGGGGAGUUGAAUACAAAAAAAUUUAAUGCCUCAUCCAAGGCCAAAAGAUUAAAUAAUAAAAUUGGAUCCAUCAAGGAUGGAAAUGGUAAUGUAUGCACUUUACAGAAAGAUAUUGAACAAUCUGCCAUCGAUUAUUUCACUGGUCUUUUGGGGAGCGGAAACAUUGAUACCAAUUCGACAUAUUCCUUAAUCGAUGAGGUUAUUGAAACACUCCUAACAGAUGAAGAUUGUGCUAUGCUACAAGCUCCAUCUACCUUGGAAGAUAUUAAAAAUGCAACUUUUUCCCUCCACCCACAUAAGGCGCCUGGACCAAAUGGUAUAACUGCCGAAUGCUUUCAAAAAUGUUGGGAUUUCAUGGGACAAGACAUUUGGUUGGUGGUGGAAGAAUUCAAGAAAAAAUAG